CCGUCUCCGCUUGCCCCUUUCAACCAUGAGCGGGGAGAGCCUGAGGAGACGCAAUCCCUACUAGAACCCUCUCUGUCUCUCAUGCAUUGUCUAAUGGAUGUGCAUUGCAACCCGUUAUUGUCGGGGGGGAGCGGUCUUAGCACGUGGGGCCUCGUGGGGACGCGGGGGCGUGUCGGUAGGGCCUACUGGAUGUUCUGGACCUGGGCCCCACAACGCCCUUGAAAACGUCUCGCUGCAGUUCGACCCUCUCGGCAGUUUCCCAAUUCUUGCGCAAACCCACACACUCAAAGGCACUCGGUUCCAAGUUUCCCACUCAGGCCUACCUAUCGCAUAAAAGUAGCUAUUCAGGUACAUACUACAACCUGCAAUCACCCGAUAUUUGUGUGGGUGUGUGGCCCAAGUUUUUCACACAAGAAUUGCAGGUCCGACUUUCCAAAAUGCCCCUUCGAGGAAUUCUAAAGCACUCGGCGGAGGACGUCGGUGCGCCGCGAGGGAUCAAGUGGGACGAAGACAACCUUCAAAUGACAGAAGCCGCCAAAUCCGCCACGAUGAAGAUCACUGAGCCCAAAACCCCUUACAUCCGCUACGACUCGGCAUCGGAUAUGGUCCUCGGCAGCACCGCCGCAGUGCCGCCGAUGGAAUUGACCGAUGCGCUGGUGGAUGUUGAGAAGGAGAGGGAGAGGGAGAAGGACCGGAAUGCUGAGCGGGCCCAGGAGAACGCGAAUGGGGCUCAUCCCGUCGUUGUGAAGAGACGGGUAUCGGUGGAUGAGUGGGAUGAUGAUGAGCCGGAGGAGACGAUGACUGCUGAAGAGCGGGAAAAACACGACAAAUUCGAAGCAAUGCGCGCAUCUCACUACAACAUGCGAAGCGCUUUAAAAGAAGGUCGAAAAAUGGCCACCAAAAUAACAGAACCCGCGCACGCACCACGUUCGAAUCGAUUUCAGGACAACGACGGAGACGACGACGACGAUGAUGAGGAUGAGGAAGAGGGAGUGAACGGCGAUACCAACGACGGAGACGAGGAUGAAGAUGACGACGAUGAGGACGAGAGCAGCGACGCGAAUGCGUCAUCACAGCACACGUCGAUACGAGACCCAGGUCACAUCUCCGACUCGUCCGAGCCCUUCAGUCUCGAAAUGGAUGAAAACAGCGCAUCGUCACGGGCUCCACACGACAAUGCGGCUGUCGAGCAGCAGAUUAGGAACCUGAAAAUACAGCAGCAGCAGAAUGGGAUGGGGAUUGCGGCGGGUCAGCAUCGAAAACCUGUUAGGGUGGCGUCGUUUGGAGCGGAUGUGGGCGGGUCGAUGGAGUUGUCGUGAUGUGGGAUAGCAUUGCGUUGGCGUUUGCUCCGUGAUUUACACAUGAAGGCUGCCGUCACUGGAAAUCCUGUGAGUGGAUACAUGUAGCACCCUUCGCAAAAUCUGUGUUCGCUGCUGUGCUCUCCCCGCUUCCCAUUCCCAAAACGUUGCGUUCGCCCCCAUAGUUUUUCAGUCUUUUAGUUGUUCAUUCCGAUGAGCGUAAUAUACCCCGUAACGAGUUCCUUGCAUUUAGCCCUUUGCACUUCGCACAGCAAAGUUUUGUUUGCGCACGGACUUGAGAAC